AAAUUGUUUGUAUUUAGUAAUAAUUUAAUUUAAGCUUAAUUUUAAUAGAUUGCUAAUCAAUCAGAUAUAUCCAAUAAGAUUAUUAAUAUCACUUAAAAAUAGAUACAUAGAAACCUAUAAAUUUCUAAAAUUUAAAGAUCUUAAUUAUUUAAUAGCCAUAAAAAGUUAAUGGGAGUCUUACAAAAGUUACAAAAAGUUUUACAUUUAGAAAACUUUACAUAGAGAGCAAAUUUAUUUAUUGACAAAUAUAGAAUAAUUCAUAGAGGUCUUUAUUUAGGAUUAGCCUUAAAUGCAUAUAUAGCCUAUACCUAGAUCUAAAAAGUUACAGCUUUGAGAAUUUUAGAUGAGCAUCUAGAUAAUUAAAAAGCAGAUUACAUGAAGAAGGUAGAAUAUGAAAGGGAAUAAAUAGAAAAGUAAAUAGAGAGUUAGUUAAUGGCUUAGGAAAAUAAAUGA